UUCACUGACCCUCAGGAGCUGAAGCUUUUGUCAGCAAGCUCUAUGUGUACCUGGUGGAUGAGAUGCAACAGCACAAGAUUUAUUCAGAUGACAUCAAUGAUGACUCCCCGGAUGAGAUGCAGUUGAGUUCUUCUCAGCUCAGACAUUUUUCCAGAGAGGCUCAGCUAACUGGGGAUUAUCAGCAGGCUGUUCAGUACUACCAAGAGCUGGUGGUGAGGCAUCCCAGUGAGCCAUCCCACACAUUUGAGUGGGGAAGCCUCUACAUGAGGACUGGAGACUACAUGAAGGCUAGAGAGUGUUACCAUGACGCUGUUGCCAUCCAGCAGGCGCACCAACCAAGCCUGAUGAUGUGUGGGGUCUUGGCAGCGAUGUCUGAACAUCAUGAGGAGGCUCAGAUCUUCCUGGAGAGAGCUGCCAGCUUAGACCCACACAGUGUGGUGGCAUGGACGCUGCUGGGGUUGAUUCAUGAGAGCCAGAACGAAUCCAUCCUGGCAGAGAGGGCUUUUGUGGAAGCCAGAAAGCAGCUGAGGGCAAGAGAAGCAAAGGAGCAAACACAGAGUGAGGAGGAGGAACAAGACAAGGAGGAGAAAAACGAGAAGGAAAACGACCAGCAAGAGGAGGAGGACGUGGCCCCGUCUGUGUGUCCGGCUCCUGCUGUUAAGAAAGACCCCGAGGCUGGAGAGCAGGACCCAGAGGGGCAGGGAGAGCCUCCAGUACAGAGUGUCAGCUCCAGAUCAGCUUCAGCGAAACUCUCCUCCUCCUCCAUUUACACAGAGACAGUUCAGUUCCUGCUGCAGCACUCUGCCCUGCAGAUGGCGGGGCAGGCUCUGUCCCUGCAGCUGCUGUGCUCACACGGGGGUCGCAGCGGCUCCUAUCUUCUCCAUCUGGCCCGGCUGCAAAUGCUCAGAGGAGACUACUGCAGUGCUGCAGCCAGCCUGCAGGAGGUGCUGAUCCACACAGAGCAGGAUGUGGAUGCGUGGGCGCUGAAUGGUCACUGUCUCCAUCUGCGGGGAGAGGUCAGUGACGCCCAGGAGAGCUAUGAGCAGAGCCUUAACUUCCUGCAGCAGCCUACAGACUCCCACCUGGUCCUCCUCCAGCUGGGCUCCAUCUACCUCCAACAGAGAAAGUUUGAGCAAGCCAAAGUGGUCUAUCUGCAGGCCUGCGAGCAGUCUCCGUCCUGCCUGACCUGGCUGAACCUGGGCAUCGCCUGUUACCGGCUGGAGGAGCUGUGUGUAGCUGAGGAAGCGUUGACCGAGGCUAACCAUCUGAACACUCAGAACGCAGAAGUGUGGGCUUACCUGUCUCUGAUCUGCCUCAAGUCUGGCAGACAAGAGGAGGCAGAGCAGUUUUAUAAGUAUGCAACACGGUUCCACCUGCAGAAGGAGUCGCUCCUCAAAGAGCUCAGUGAGCUGAAGGAUCAGCUCCGCUUCUCUCAUCUGCAGUCAUGCUUCGGAACAAGCUCAUAAAUCACAUGACCAAGUACAUUUUAGAAUUUUUAUUGUAUUUUAAGUAUUACACGUCCUUUGAAGAUGAGUGCCAUGAUAGUCAAAGAUUUACAGAGAGUGCAGAGAUUAGUAUCCGGCCAUAAUAAAGUUCAACCAAGUCCAAUACCCACAUUAAAAAUAAACUCAAGCAACACAGAAGUCUGAAAGGUAUAUAAAACAACUUCAAUUUGGACAAUAUAUUCUGUUAAAAAAGAAAGUACAUAUUAACAUAAAACAAGAACAAGGGCAUCUGGUGACUGCUAUCAAGAAAUUAUCGUUUAAUCAUCAUCUCACUUUUUCCAUAGCAUUUCUACAAACUGAACAGCAAAGAAAGCCUGAUAAGACGCUGUUUUUAUUGUUGUUCGGAAAUGUCUUACCAGAUUUUGGCACAAUCCUUCCUGCACUGGAAGAAGAUGUAAAGUGGAAUAUAUAUUUUGACUACAAUUUCUAUAGAAUUGACUUAAAAAGCAUGUGUUCAAAAAAGGAAUUUAGGCCGGAAUGUAUUUGUUAUUUAAACUUUGGAAAUGUAAUGUUGUGUUUUGAUUGUAAAUGGAUUUGCUUUUAA